ACAUCGAACAGUAAAAUAAUAUCUAUCAUAUGUACCUAUAUCUCUAGUAUUGUAUUGCAGUAUAACUAUACAUGUCCCUUUAAAUUAGAUGUGGACAGAGGAUGGAUUUAAUUUUUCAGAGAAUUCAACGCCCUUAGCAUCUGCGGAUUUUUUUUGACCUUCGAUGCAUGUGCAGCAUCCUUGGAUAACUACAAAAAUCAGUUUUGAUAGAUAUAUAACAAUGGAAGUAUUUGUCAGGAGUCACUUAUGAAAAACCGAAAAGAAAAUAUUCUGUAUGUUGUGGUGAAGAGCAAAAAUUAUGGAAAAUAAAUUAUGCGAGAACAAUGUUAAAUGUAAAACACAGACUACAGAGGUUUGUUUUGCUGAGGUUAUAAAGAAAGAGAAAGAAAAAACAUAUUACUGUGAUAUCUGUAAAAAAUCAUUCUCACAUAAGAGUAACCUUGCCACUCAUAAGCGCAUUCAUACAGGAGAGAAACCAUAUCACUGUGAUAUCUGUGGUAAAUCCUUCUCUCAGAAAGGUCACUUGAGAAGCCACAGACAUAUUCAUACAGGAGAGACACCAUAUCAGUGUGAUGUCUGUGACAAGUCGUUCUCCGAAGGAAGUAACUUAACUAAACACAAACGUAUUCAUACAGGAGAAAAGCCCUAUCACUGUGACACUUGUGGGAAAUCGUUCUCGGUUGUGAGUCAUUUAACUACUCACAUACGCAUUCACACAGGAGAGAAGCCAUAUCACUGUGAUAUUUGUGGUAUAUCUUUCUCUCAGAUAAACACUUUGACUAUCCACAAACGUAUUCAUACAGGAGAGAAACCAUAUCACUGUGAUAUCUGUGGUAAAUCGUUCUCUGACGGAAACACCUUAACUAUCCACAAACGCAAUCAUACAGGAGAGAAACCGUACCUCUGUGAUAUUUGUGGUAAAUCAUUCUCCCUAAAUGGUGACUUAACUAUACAUAAGCGUAUUCAUACAGGAGAGAAACCAUAUCACUGUGAUAUCUGUGGUAAAUCAUUCUCUGAAGGAAGUACCUUAAUUACUCACAAACGUAUUCAUACAGGUGAGAAACCAUAUCACUGUGAUAUCUGUGGUAAAUCAUUUUCUGUAGUAAGUCACUUAACCACUCACAUACGCAUUCACACAGGAGAGAAACCAUAUCAUUGUGAUAUCUGUGGUAUAUCAUUCUCUCAGAUAAAUACCUUGACUAGACACAAACGUAUUCAUACAGGAGAGAAACCAUAUCACUGUGAUAUCUGUAAUAAAUUAUUCUCUGAUGGCAACACCUUAACCAUACACAAACGUAUUCAUACAGGAGAGAAACCCUAUCAAUGUGAUAUCUGUGGAAAAUCUUUCUCUCGAACUGGGGACUUAACUAGACACAAACAUAUCCAUACAGGAGAGAAACCAUAUCAUUGUGAAAUCUGUGGUAAAUCAUUUUCUCAUGCAGGUAACUUAACUAGACACAAGUAUAUUCAUACAUAAGAGAAACCAUAUUACUGUGAUAUCUGCGGUAAACCAUUCUCUCGAACUGGUGACUUAGCUAGAAACGAAUAUAUUUAUAAUGAAGAGAAACCAUAUCGUGAUAUCUGUGGUAAAUAAUUUUGCCAUGCAGGUAACUUAACUUGACAUGAGUAUAUUCAUACAUAAGAGAAACCAUAUUACUGUGAUAUCUGUGGUAAACCAUUCUCACGAACUGGUGACUUAAUUAAAUAUGAACAUAUUUAUAAUGAAGAGAAACCAUAUGAUAUCUGUGGUAAAUCAUUUUCUCAUGCAGGUAACUUAACUAGACACAAGUAUAUUCAUACAUGAAAGAAGUCCUAUCACUUUGGUAUCUGUGAUAAAACAUCUUGAGAAACUAAAUAUGUAUCUAUUCAUACAAUACAGUAACUAUUAAUGUCAAAAAUUCAAUGAAUGCUAAGUGCAGUGCAGCAAAUGUAUUCAUAAAUACCGUUAUCAGUUUCAAGUUUUUGCACAAGGCCUGCAAUUUCAGGGAAGGGAUAAGUCGAUUAUAUCAACCCCAGUGCUCAAAUGGUACUUAUUUUAUCAACCCUGAAAUGAUGAAAAACAAAGUGACCUCAGCGGGAUUUGAACUCUGAAUGUAAAAAUAAACAAAAUCCUACUGAGCAUUUUGCCCAGCAUGCUAAUGAUUCUGCCAGUCCGCCACUUUAUUCAUUAAUAUCAUUAUUGAUUCUUUAUUAAUACACUAUUAAUACUGUAUGUGUGUGUGUUGGGGGAGUGAAUACACUUCUUAUUGUGUU